UCUACGAGUCGGGGGGUGUUGACUCGACCUUGGAGUUUGACGUGCAGCAGCAUGGCGAACAAGGAGCCCAAUCGUUUCGUCCAGCACCUGAGGGAUCUGGCAGGCCGGAUGUCUUCGUCUGGUGGCAGAGGGGCAGGAUUAGGACUGAAGCUGCUGUUGGGAGCUGGUGCUUUGGCAUAUGGCGUUAAAGAAGCUACCUACACAGUGGAAGGUGGUCACAGAGCCAUCAUCUUCAACAGGAUUGGAGGGAUGCAGAUGGACACUGUUCUGGCUGAGGGGCUGCAUUUCAGGAUCCCCUGGUUCCAGUAUCCCAUCAUCUAUGAUAUCAGAGCCAAACCCAGGAAGAUCUCCUCUCUGACUGGCAGCAAAGAUCUGCAGAUGGUGAACAUAGCGGUGCGAGUGUUGUCCAGACCCAUGGCGUCCAACCUCCCGGUCAUGUACCAGCGGCUGGGGAAGGACUACGACGAGAGAGUCCUGCCCUCCAUCGUCAACGAGGUCCUGAAGUCUGUGGUGGCGAAGUUUAACGCCUCGCAGCUCAUCACACAGAGAGCUCAGGUGUCCCUGCUGGUGCGCAGGGAGCUGUUUGAGAGAGCCCAAGACUUUAACAUCAUUCUGGACGACGUGUCCAUCACCGAGCUGAGCUUCAGCAGCCAGUACACCGCUGCAGUGGAGGCCAAGCAAGUCGCCCAGCAAGAGGCCCAGAGAGCCCAGUUCUAUGUGGAGAAAGCCAAACAGGAUCAGAGACAGAAGAUCAUCCAGGCUGAAGGAGAGGCUGAAGCUGCCAAAAUGUUGGGUCAAGCGGUGACUAAGAACCCAGGUUACCUGAAGCUGAGGCGAAUCAGAGCGGCACAGACCAUCGCUAAGACGGUGGCAACAUCUCAGAACAAGGUGUACCUUAACGCUGAAAGUUUGGUCCUGAACUUACAAGACCAGGUGUCUUUUAACAAUUUGUCUCUGGGUCCAAAGAAGUAAUGAAGAGGACGUGGAGAGAAGCAGCAGAAGUUUCCUGUCGUCAGCUCCAUCUGAACACUCAGCUUCACCUGUUGCAUUAGAGAAUCAACAUACAUGAUUCUAGACACGUCUGAAUGUGGACAACAACAAAGAAGCAAUUACAUUUUUUUAUGUUUAUUUUUUUUUUUCCUCUGACAUAAUAUAUAAGACUUUAGGGAGUGGCCUGUAUUAUCCUAAAGUUUUGUGAAUGAAUUAUUGACGUGAUCUCAUUUCAACUUGGCAGUGAACAAAUCAAAGACGUGUCAAACAGAAAGUACUUCCUGCACAGGAUCAGUGUGUAAAGGACUUUCAUGAAGAAGAAUUAGUGCAACAAUACUUGAGAAUAUUUAGGAGAUCAGUGUCUUCUGUCAGGACGAGCUGCCAGGUCUCAUGUCCAAAAAAUCAAACAAGAUAUCAUGUAUUAAAUGACGUAUAUUUCACUGCUGUGUUCAUCUCCCAGAGUUGGUCCUGAUCUGGCUGCCAGUCCUUCCUCUGCUCUACACACAUCUCAUCCUCACAGGUUUGACACUGGAGUGUUUGUCAGGGGUGUUACACACGUUAGGAGGUGUGUGUGGAUUCAUGCAGAAAACCAGAUAACACAGCCAGUGUUGGCAGACCAACUUAAUACUAAUUUAUCUGUUAAUAAACUUUUGUUUUAAGUACA